ACCCAUAAGUGGUGGUGCUUUAGCGCGUUUAUGCAAUAGCUGUUUGUUCAUACAGGCAGCAACGACAACGACAGCACACAGAUCUACAAUUCAGCCGGGAAGUUUCAAAGCUGCAUUUGUUCACGUUCUUCUCAAAACAGAGAACGACCUUAAGGAAAAGUCCCAAGAGUUCCCGAGUAAAAUCUAGCCAAUUUAGCGCUUAACCAUUGAGAUGGAGGAAAAAGUUUCUCAUCAUAGCGCGGCCAGGAAAUGAGUAAAAGCAGACUUCAAACUCAGAAACGGAAAAGAGUAAAAUGCGGAACGGGCUUCUGCCUCAUUGAAACUCUGCGUAGUUUGGCAAGCUUGUUGUGUUUUUUUUUUCAUCUUCUUUUUUAGUUUCAAAGCAGUAUUAUCUCUGGAAUAUAUUUCGGAUUUGGAUUCUACUAGCAGCAAACAAAAAGACCAAGGCCAUGCAGGGGGGGAUCUUCCGGGUGUGUGUGGUGGUGGCGGCAGCCCUCUUCUUUCAGAAGGAAAAUACCACCCUUCCUGAGCAGGAGGAUGACAUAAUCCAUCGGAUGAAGGACCACCAAGAGAAACUCCAAUCCGAGAUGACCCGUCUGGAACAAGAGGCUUCCAAGCAGGAUCUGGAGGUGCCGAAGGCAGUGGAGGAGGAGGAGGAGGAGGACAACCAAGGCUGGGACUUGUGGAGCACUCUGUCCUUGAUCAUCUUCCUGAUGAUUGAGAUAUGGAGGCAGGACUUCCAAGAUGGUUCUGCUCAGGAUUCCAAUUCCGAGGAAGAGGACUACCUGGUCUUUGGGAAUAUCUCUCAGAAAACCACACUCCCAAACAAAGUGGUCCUGGCAAGCUUCCAUGAUAACUGCAUCCGUAUCUCCGGCAAUGACUUCUGGAGGAUGCGGGAGUUUGUGGAAGGUUUUGCAGAUGACCUUUUGGAAGCUUUGAGGAGCGUGUGCAACAGGGAUGCUGAUAUGGAAGUGGAGGACUGCAUUGGAGUUGGGAGCAUGUACGAGAACUGGAGGGUGAGCAAGCCUCUGCUCUGUGAUCUGAUUGUUCCCUUUGCUCCGCCGGAGCCGUAUCGUUUCCAUUUUCAGCUCUGGUGCUGCUCAGGAAAUGACGUUCCUCCAGACAGACAGGGAUGCGGGAGGAUCAAAGUUGUAAAAGCCAACGAAGACGGUUCUGGUUGCCUGUGUGGAAAGAGCAACCUGGGGGAGGACAUGCUGUGCCUCCUCCACAGCAAGAACGAGACGACCAGGGCUAACGACACCAUGGAGGACCUGCUGUGCUCCAGAAAUACACCCUACUUAGCCAAAGACCAAGUCAUGAAGUGGUUCCAGAUCUCCAUAACCAAAGCCUGGAAUCGAAUCUCUCACAAGUAUGAUUUUGAACUCACAUUCCGCAACCUUGAUGUGCCAGGAGCUCUGAAGGUGAAAUUCAGGUCGGGGAAGGUCAUUAUCUUCAACAUCACUCCAGUGGUUCAGUUUGAAGACACUGAUGCCUAUUUUGUGUCAAGUUUCAACAGCAGCAGCCCUCCAGAUGUCUAUUGGUCACUCUCCUUAGCCGUCUAUGAGAAGAAUUUGCUUAAAUCGUUGGCCAAAAAGCUGCCAGACAAUCCCUGCCACCUCAGCUGCCUUCAAAUCGUCUCUUUCCUGCAUCGGAAACAGUCCAGUCUGACUGGAAAGAGCGGCCUCACCAACUAUCAUUUGAAAACAGCACUGCUGCACUUGCUGCUGAGCAAAGCCCCUUCAGAGUGGCAUCCAGAGCACCUGGAGAAAAGGCUGCGUGACAUCUUUCGAUUCCUGGAGAAAAGCCUCCAGGAGAAGAAGCUCUACCACGCUUUAAUUGGUAACAAACAAGUUUCGAAGGAUGUCCUCAUUCCAGCACAAUUCCGAGGUUCGGAACCACUCAACUUGUUCCGACCACUUGUGCUACAGGGGGAACUGUAUGCCAAGACAGUGGAAUCCUUUCACGAAAUGCUCAGAAAUGCACCUGUCCUGAUACAGGAGUAUACCCCACACUUUCCAAAUGGCCAUAUUCCUGCUCCACCGAACACACGUGUAUGAACUGAUGUUUUUUAAUGCAUCUGUUUUGAUUGACCCUGUAUGGGGCAUGAUUUAAACCAAAAAAAAAAAGUCAAGGAGAAAAUCUCAAGUGACUGCUUGCUGGUAUAUAUAUAUAUAUAUAUAUAUAUAUAUAUAUAUAUAUAUAUAUAUAUAUAUAAUAACCGGCAUGCUGUUUUUAUUAUUUAUUUGGUCUGCUAAAUGUUGUUUAUAAAUAUUAGUUUUGAUGUGGAAAAAUAAGUCAUUCAGGAAAGACUUUUAAAAAUAUUUAUUUACAUGUUUCAGAUAGGUUCAAAAGGAACCCCAUCUGUUUGCAUCUGGAGUGAGAACAGAGCCCGUAUGUAACAGAACCGCUUCUAAUAGCUGAAACAUGACUCGUCGAAUUAUGUUAGCAUUGAAAGAUUGUGUCUGCCAUCGAAAUAAUGCUAUGAGACCUCAAAGAAGGACAUUCUGCACUGCAGCUUUAAGUGUUUCAACACAGUAUUUUGCUAGCUGAAAUUAUCCAGCAUUGUCCAGUUGGCUGUUGUUUCAGGUCUCAUGCCAGAGCUUUUUAGCAGGUUGAGAACUUACAGUAAGCUGUGGUACUGUGCUCAGUCUAUCGGUGCAAGAACAGAGAUCUGCUUAAGAACAGAGAUCUGCUUAAGAACAGAGAUCUGCUUAAGAACAGAGAUCUGCUUUGUUUGAUUGUAUCAGUGCGCAACAAUAAGCAGGAAGCUCGGUGGGCUGCCAACUCCCCAAAAACAAGAGAGGGAAUGGUUUUAUAAUUUUUUAUUUUAAGACUUUGAAGUUGUGAAAAAGGCACUGUGUACUUUUUUAAUACAGUAUGUAUAGACUGGUACUACAAUAUUUAAUUAUUUAGUUGUUGUAAAUAUAUGCAAAUGCUAUUUUCUAGUGAGAUUGCAAGGAUAAUAUUGAGAAAUCAGUAAAAAGCCAUUUUUUAUUGCUUAUUUUAAUGGACUAUUCCCUGGAAUGUUAGGGAAGAUAAAGUUAACUACAGUAUUGGAAUAUUUCAAGGCAUGCACAGUGCCAUGACACAUUUACUAAUAAUAAUUUAAAAUGCGCUUCAUACUUUUGCAUAUUUACUGCUUGGGACUUGAUAUAAUUAAGGGUUACUUUCUAGAACCAAUUGAUGUUAAAAUCCAGUACAGUACUAAGACUUGUAUGAAACAUGGCAAGUGAAAAGGAAGGUGUCACUAAACAGGUCUGUUUGCGCAUUCUUUGCAUCAGGUAUACAUUUGGAACCAAGAUUCUUAGUAUCCGUUAAACCACCUGUAGAGCAAACUAGUACAUAUAUAAAACAUGUUUAGAAGCAAAAUCUUCACAAUUACAGCGCAUUAAACAAGAAGCGAAAAACUGGAUUGACCUGUCAAACAAAUGUGGAGAGAACUAAAAACAAAAACAAAUUUAGAUGCAAUGGAAAAAAAAAGACUUCUAGAAUUAGAGUCCAACAAUAAUCUCUGAGAGAGGUGACUAAGAUGGGCGUUGUGUGUAAAGGCAUUCUAGCCUGCGCCUUACAAAUGAACAACUGUUUGCAGCUGUUACACUGCAAGUGAUGUCAUUAUAAUGAUAUUCAUUAUGUAAUAGUGCAAGAAUCUAAUUGUGACAGUGAACUGUACUGUUUAUUGAAACGUGAAAUAAAAUAAAUAAAUGGCAGGAAUCGGGUAUAUAUGGAGGUUUAAUACACAGCAACCAAUGGAAUUUUUAAUGCUCAGUAAAAUAUGGAUUUGUCAAGAACAUUUUCUUUUUCUUUUUCAAGAUCAAAUGUUAAAUCUCACAACGUCAUCUUUUAGAAAUAUUACAAAAAUGCAAUCUGGUUUCCACUACUGUGGGAUAUAAUUGCCAUUAUAAUGUGAAUUCUACUUGAAUAGUGCUUGAUUAGGUUUGCGUGUAAAGCAGCCAUGCCAGUAUUGUCAGUUACAGCACUGUCUUCAUAUCUUACGCUACAGAGAGAAUAGGAAUAAAGUUGCUCCUGUCAUAAAUAAAUCAACCGAUCGUUGUGUCAAUGAUCACACAUUUUAAUCAAAACAAUAGCAGUGAAUUCUACAUUUUGCAAAAUUUCUUUUUUUUAAAUCCUAGUAAAUGUUGUCUAACCCUUUCUGAUUUAAUCCCUUGGCUUAGAGCAUUACAUUAGGACUCUUGUUGUUUUUUGAUCACUGGAGACAAAGCUUCCAAACAGAUAGCACAAACAUGACAAGUCAACCCCUUAUAACCUGGUAUGUCUGCAAAAAUAAAAACAUGAUUUAUUGUUGUACUACAUAUGCACAAUGAAAGUAAAUAUG